AAAAAAAGAAAAAAAAAUAAAAAUAAAAAAACAAAAAAAUAAAAAACUUUUAGUUUUAAUUUAUAGAUUAGAUAAAAAUUGAAAAAUAUUAAUUGUAAAACAUUAAUACAAAUUUAAAAGAAUAAAAAGAAAUAGAUCAUAGAUAAUAGUAUCAUAGAUAAAAGUAUAAUGAGGAGUAGUAAAAACACGAGAAACAGAAAUAGAAAUAGUAAAACCAAUAGGAAUGUUCUUGAAGAAUACUUCAAUGCUAAGCAAUAGUUAUAAUAGUUAUAACAAUAAAAUUAAUAAUCCAAUGGUUAGGCUGUUCUUAAAUAUCUUACCGGUAAAGACGACCCGAAAUAACUCAGUAGAGAAGAAAAGAAAGAUGUUGUUUAAAAUCUUAAAAAUAUUACAGAAAAUAAGAAAGAAAAAGAUCCUUAAUUUUGCGAAAGAUUAUGCUUGAGAUUUUUAGCAAUUACAAUAGAAGAUAAUGCUUCGAAAUUAUUCAACAAUAAUGAAGAAACAAAAAAGAUUCUUAAUGAUUUCAUUUAAAGCAAAGACGAUUAACAAUAUUCAAAUUUUUAAGUGAAACUUAAUUUGCAAGAUUCUGAGGCUGAGAAAUUAAGAAAUUAAAUUUAGGUUAAGCUGAACAGAUUUUAAAGAUAAAAAAAAAAUUAAAUUUUCUCCGAUUUUUAAGAUGUCACGGAUUAUAUAGAUGAAUUAGAAUUUUAAUUUGUUUCUUACUUCUUUAAAAAUAAAUUAAAUGCGAUGUUUAAUUUCUUGACAAAUUAUAUUGUCUAAUCAAUAGAAUCUUUUACCGAUUGUGAAUGGUAAAAUUUUUAUCAGAAUAUGUAGAAAUUCUAACUUAUUUUUAGCUUUUUCGAUGAUACUUUCCAAAUAAAACCGGAAAUUAUUUUUAAUUAUGAAGAGGAUUCUUAAAAUAACUAGAAAGAAGAAAAAAAAGAGGAAAGAGAUUAUAAGAAAUUAUAAUUCUAUAUAAAAUUUACAGUAGAUUCAAAUAAAGAAUUAAAAAAACCAGAGAAAAGAUAGAUAUUCUUUGAUAAUGAAUUAGUUGUCCUAUAGCUGUAGAAUGAAUUAUCUCCCGCAAAAUAUUUCUUAACUGAAGAUUUAAUAAAUGAAUUGAGUUGUUACGAACCAUACUUUUAUAUUUCAUAAGAUAAAAAAUAGUAGCUCGAUAAGGAAGGAAUUAACUUCGUCAUAAAAAAUAAAGAAAUAUAAAAAAUUUCAAUGAAAGUUCCCUGUGAAAUUAUUUGUCUAAAUAAAGGUUCUACUAAAACAGAGACAAAGUUGGUUUCGAAACUCAUGGAAAGUAAAAAUUUAAAUACUGAAGUACUCAGUGAUAAAAUUAAAUCUAUAAUGAAUGAAGUGAAAUGA